AUCACAGACAACAACAACGGAGGUAAAUCGAUAUCAAAGAUGCCAGUUGGAAGACCAAGACUGGAACGUGAACAGUCGUUCAUGGUGGCAGAAAUCCCAAACCCAUUCGUGCAUGUCCUGAAAAUGAAUGUAUGGGACUACGUGCGGAUUGCCAUCAUGUCAAUCACGAUAGCACCAAUCCGUCUGCUGGCAUUCAUCAUUCUUCUCCUUCCUGCCUGGGUAGUCUGUGCUAUUGCUGUAGCUGGGAUGACUAGGGAGGAGAGAGACCAGCCACUCACAGGAUGGAGAAAGGCGUUGCGUGCACCCAUAUUAGCUAUUGCCAGGUGCCAGAUGUUUUGUCUUGGAUUCCACUCAGUGAAGGUCACAGGACAAAGGGCACCAAGGGAUGAAGCAUGCAUCCUGGUCAUAGCCCCUCAUAUCUCGUUCUUUGACGUCUUUGCAUUCUUUAUGACGGGUCUCCCUGGGGCUGUGUCCAGGCAGGAAAAUGCAGAGAUACCUGUUAUUGGAACUUUAGCUAAAUUCCUGCAACCAGUGAUGGUGUCAAGGAAAGACCCAGACUCGAGAUCUAAGACCAUAGCGGAGAUCAAGCGGAGAGCUCAGCCAGGGAGUCAGUGGCCUCAGAUUGCUAUCUUCCCCGAGGGUACAGUAACCAAUGGACAGUGCUUCAUCACAUUCAAAGGAGGUGCCUUCUUCCCCGGCGUUCCUGUCCAGCCGGUUCUCUUGCGCUACAAUAACAAACUCAAUACAUUCCCAUGGACAUUUGAAGGACCCAGUGGCUUGUCCGUCUUCUGGCUUUCUCUCUGUAACCUGUCCAAUAACCUAGAACUGGAGUUCCUUCCAGUCUACAACCCAAGCGACAGGGAGAAGCAAGAUGCAAAGCUAUACGCCCGAAAUGUCCGUGCUGUCAUGGCAAAGGCUUACAAUGUUCCUGUAACGGACCAUACCUAUGAAGACACCCGUCUGAUGGAGGAGGCUAAAGCCAUGGGACUACCCGGUGAGGUAGGAGUCGUGGAGUUCCACAAGUUACUCUCCAAACUUGGGUUCAAGCUGGAGAGCCUGCGAACACAUCUGACUAACUACGCUGAAAUAGCUAGCUCGGGAGGCUACAUCACCAUAGAAGACUUUGCCAAGCAUCUCAAUGUGCCUGUUUCACCGUCCCUUCAAGAGGUUUUUGAUGUAUAUGACAGGGAUGGUAGUGGCAAGAUAGAUUUCAGAGAGUAUGUGAUUGGAUGUGCCCUCAUUAGUCAACCUGCAAACACAGAAGAUACCAUCCGGAUGGCUUUCAAGAUGUUUGGAGGAGAAAAGGAGUACAUCAGUCCAGAAGAUCUAUACCAAAUUCUUGACAACGCAUUUGGGAUGGAACGAGAGGAGACAGACAGACUCUACAAGGAGAUUGAUACAAGGGGCAUUGAGCGUGUCACGUAUGAUGAAUUCAAAGCUUACGCCAUGAAGAAACCAGAAUAUGCAACCCUGUUCACCCGCUACAUGGAGAUGCCAUCUUCAUCUUCUGAUGAUGAAAAGAUGCCUGCUCAAGCUCCUACUGAUCUAUCGCCACGACAACGACCAGUGAAAAGCAAAGUCGAAGAUGUUGACUUGUCACCCAGACAUCGUCCGCUGGAGGGCAAGAAGGAUGACUGACAUGAGGCCGGCUUGCCUCCCGUUGUCUGAGUUGGACCAACCAGUGAUGCGUUGCUAGGUUACUCAUCCUCUUUUCUUCUGGAUUCUCUUCCUUCUUAUUCUACAGAUCUGUAGGCUGUUUUACUUUCACAAAGAGUUAAGUGCGACAUGAAGUCACGCAUGAGCGCCAACACAGACAUGCUGUUUAAUACGCAGUGUCAUUGAUUAAAUUACACUGCAGUUAAUGAAUUCCUCUACAACUGAGUCAAAGUCAAUGCCUUUUAGAACUUUGGAAGUCUCUGCAUUACCAAUUUUCUCCAAACUUAGUAGAAGAUGGAUACAAAAGAGAGAGAUUAUGCAGAAGUACAUGUCUUUAUAUAGCAUUAUAUGUUUUGACAGCAUGCAGCAGGGAAUUUAAGUUUGAUUUUAAGUCACACUUGUAACUCUUUGUGAAGCAGCACUCGGGUCCCCUUAUUCCCUUGCAAAUUUUGAAACAUUGAUGCAUGCCAUUUUGUACUAGAAAGAAGCACCUUUGAUAUUUUAUAAACUUUUGUGCAGCUAUAUUUUUACGAGGUUGUAUAUGUUCACAUAUCUGCAAGUAAUUUUUUAAAAUACCAGGAAAGAUUUCAUGAAUGGAAAUAUGAUCUUUUGGGAUUCAUGAGGAAAAAUAUUACUUUGUGAGAAAUAUAUACUAUUGUAUGCUAGAAAGAAGUACCAUUAUGUAUAUUGUUCAAAUUUUUGUGCGGAUGAUUUUCUAAGAGUUCUGCAUUCUUCAAAUCAUGGAUACUUUUAAAGAUAAAGAUUAGGGAAAAAUCUAAUUCAAAGCAUGGGAGAUAUUCAUUUCUUUUAAUAUUUCUCCAUUCAUUUGUUGUUUAUAUUUGAAAGAAAAUAGCAUGUUCUGUGUAUUAUUUUGCACUUCAGGUUUAAUAUUGCAUUAUAGUUGAG